GUUUAAAGUCACGUCUCGAAGAGAAAAUUUCCAUUUCCCCCGUUCUGAUUUUUCCCCGCACUAGUUGUUGUUGCGGUUUUUCCCGCGGCCCGUGAAGGCGGCGCGGUCGUUGGUAGUAAGAGUGAAGAUGGCGGAGCUGCAGAUGCUGCUGGAGGAGGAGAUUCCUGCGGGACGGAGAGCUCUUCUGGACUCCUGCAGCAACCUGGACAGAGUGGCCGAGUACUGCGAGAGCAACUAUGUGCAGUCCUCAGAUAAGGAGCGAGCUCUGGAGGAGACGAAGAGUUACACCACUCAGUCUCUGGCGAGCGUCGCUUACCUCAUCAACACGCUCGCCAACAACGUGCUGCAGAUGUUGGACAUCCAGGCGUCCCAGCUCCGCCGCAUGGAGAGCUCCGUCAACCACAUCUCUCAGACGGUGGACAUCCACAAAGAGAAGGUGGCUCGGCGGGAGAUCGGCAUCCUGACCACCAACAAGAACACGUCCCGCUCUCAUAAGAUCGUGGCUCCGUCCAACCCGGAGCGGCCGGUCCGCUACAUCAGGAAGCCCAUAGACUACAGCGUGCUGGACGACAUGGGACACGGAGUCAAGUGGUUGAUGAGGUUCAAGGGGAAUGGGUCCAUGAAGCUGUCUCGCUCCAACCCCCCCUCACAGAAACCCCCCAGCCCCCCCAGAGCCGGACUGUUAGGGAAGAACUCCCCCUACAGGACUCUGGAGCCGGUGCGCCCCCCGGUGGUGCCCAACGAUUACGCCUGCAGCCCGAGCAGGAACCACGGCGGUGACGGCCCCGCCCGCACCGCCACUCUCAGCCCCCGGCCCCGCACACACAGUGGCAGCAGUGGGGGCAGCAGCAGCAGAGAGAACAGCGGUAGCGGCAGUGUGGGCAUUCCCAUCGCCGUGCCAACGCCAUCACCACCAUCUACCUUCCCAGUUUCCCCAACAGCGGGACCGGCGAGCUCCUCCUCCACAGCUCCUAACUCCUCCCCCUCUCCAUCCCCGACCCCCUCCUCCUUCUCCUCCUCCUCCUCCACCACCACGCUCACACAACCCAACGCCCCUCCACCGCACGCUGACACGCCCGCCCUCACCUCCUCUAACCUCGCCCCCGGCUCGUCUGACGUCCAAUCAGGAGAGCUGUCUCCUCUCCCCCCUCCUGCUCCUCCUCCUCUCUCCUCCUCCUCCUCUUCAUCACCUGCUGAAGGUCCGAUGGUCCCUCAGUUCUUCAGUAUGAAUCGUCCUCAGCCUCGGCAGCAGUCUCCUCAGGUGGGGGGGUCGCUGCCCUACCGCCGUCCCCCCUCAGUGACCGGCCAGCCAAUCACAGGCCAGGACCAGAACCAGAACCAGAACCAGGUCAACGGCGGUCCGUACUACACCCAGAGUCCAGCCUCCCCCCCGCCCCCCUCCCUCCUGCAGUUCAGUCCUCAGCUCCCUCUGAUGGGCUUCGUGGCUCGAGUCCAGGAGUCCAUCUCAGACGCCCCCCCUCCUCCCCCUCAGCUGGCUCCUGACAGCCAAUCAGGGCCUGAGGAGCUGGGGGUCAGUCCUGAGCCGCAGGAGGACGGACACGAGGAGGACUCGGCAGUGGUGGAGUACAGCGACCCGUACGCCGAGGAGGACCCGUCCUGGGCCCCCAGGACCUACCAGGAGAAAGUGGUGGCGAUCUACGAUUACGCGGCAGACAAAGAGGACGAGCUGUCGUUCCAGGAGGGCGCCAUCAUCUACGUCAUCAAGAAGAACGAGGACGGCUGGUAUGAGGGCGUGAUGAACGCCACCACCGGACUCUUCCCCGGGAACUACGUGGAGUCCAUCAUGCACUACGCAGACUGAGAGGCUCUGCAAAAACAAGUUAAAAACAAGUUAAAACAGUUAAAUUCAGUGUCUUUGCUGUAAUAAGUAAAUUAAUUCUGCCAGUAGAACGAGUUAAAAUCUGCCCGUUCAGAAGUCUCAAAACAAGAUUAUAGUGUGAAGUGUAAUAAUAAGUUUUAAUCAGAAAUUAGACAUAUUUUGGGUCAGACUUUCCUUUUUUUGCGUUAUUAUUGACUUCUGUUGUUGUUGGAGGUCGUUUCACAUGUUUUUAUUAUUAUUAUGAUUAUUAUAUGUUGUUAAACGUUCCUUUUCUCUCUCAGAAGUCACAGAGGAUUCAUGAUUAAUAUUUAAAUCACACGAAACAUUAAUAGUCUUAAAAUGUUCAGAUCCUCUCAAAACUCACAUAAUGACCAUUUAAUUAUAUUUUUCAAUAACAAUAUUGGCGCAUAAUUAUCAUCCUCUCCAACAUCAUGAAUCAUAAGUUUUUAUUUUUUAUAUUUAGUUUUUUUAUCACAAGGAAUUUAUUUCAAGAUCUCCGCAUAAUACGUUUCUUUUAUUUAAAUCACAAAGUAAUUUAAUAAUAAUUAAAUUACAGUUAUUAAUUCGCUUAAAUUGAAUAAUAAUUAAUAAAUUAUUAUAUUUUAGGGUGAAGGUGUGAGAAGUCGCCGUAGUUUGACUGAGGUGAUGACUUUAAUAAUAAUAAUAAUAAUAAUGUCGGAGCUCAGAGAAAAUAUCUAAUGAAGAGAAGCUAUGCAACAGUUUGAUACUGAAACAUGAAGCACUUUGACACGACGGCUCCUUUUAUCUGCAGUUUCACUCUGGCUUCUUCAAAUGAUUUUAUAUUCAUAAACUGCCACAUAUUUAAGUCUGAACAUAAAAAAAACAUUUUCAGGCCCUUUUACUUCCUAACAUUUCAUCUGCUGAUGAGGUGAAAAUAACGAAGCUGAAACAGGAGAAAACACUUUUAGUUUCCUUUCUGAUGUGAAAGAAUAACCUGAAACACAUCAGCUGACGGUAAAGAUUCUCUUUAAAGAGUGAAACAUGAAGUGAAAGGCUCAGAUGGAGAUUUAAACACAUAAUAAACACAACAGUUCCUUCAGUUAGUCGUUUACUAAAGUGUAUUAUAACAGAUAUUGAAUCAGUCAGUCAGGAGGUCAAAUAUCAGCUGAUUCAUGAUUCUGCACAGAUUAAUCUUUAAUAUUUACAUUCAGUCUAUUUCUGCCUCAGAGACAGAAACAUGAGAAAAACAGAAGUAUAAAACUCUAUGAACACUGAGUGACGUGUCUCAGUAAAAAGUAGGAACAUUAAGAAGUAAAUAAUAAGUUACAUAUAUUAUAAAUCUAAAUGAAAAGGAUCAUAAAAUAUAAAUCUGAAACAUGUAUUUUAUAUAAAUAAAUAUGAAACAUUUAGAGUCUCUGAGCCGGUUUAUUCUGCAGCCGCAUGGGUCCCUGAACGCACCGCUGGCUGCAGAAGUGUUCAAGUUUACAGUGUGUGUGUGUGUGUGUGUGUGUGUGUGCGUGUGUGUGUGUGUGUGUUGAUAUAAGUGACAUUUUCUUUAAAUGUGUUAUUGUCUGUGAUCAGCUGGAGGUCAAUAAGUUUAAAGAGUCAAGAGACUCAGUGCCAUAUAUCUGUGUGUGUGAGUGUGUGUGUGUGAGUGUGUAUACCUCCCUUGUGGACUGAAGUGGUUUUGGACCUGAAUCAGUGUUUUCUUCUUGUUGUAAAGUGUUUUUAAGAACCAGAGAACACCAACAGCCAGAGUGAUUCACCUUCAGCUGCUUUUUAAUUGAAAUUCAAUCAAGAAAAGGUCAGAAUGUUCCAGUUUAAAAGUGUAAAUUUACAAGAAAAACAUGUAUUAUGAUAUUUUUGUGAGAUUAUAAAGUAUAUCUUUGUCAGUGGUUCCUUUGGUUCAGUUUAUCAGUGAUUCUGGGUUGAAAUCUGUUUCAUUUUUUCUUUUAUGUUAAAUCUGAUGAUAAACUGUAAUUUGAUCCAUUCAUGUGGUCUGAUCCAACCACAGAAACUGUUUUUUUAAUACAUCUAAACUUAAAUCUUUUUUCUUUUUUUUUUUUUGCCAAUUAAUGACUUUAAAAUCUCAGAAAAUGUUUUAUUUUUCUUGUAAAUGUAUCACUUUAAUAGCAACAUUUUGCUCUUGUAUUUUUAACUUCAAUCUAUAGAAAUCUGAAUUUUUCCUCAGCUCAACCUAAAAUUUUAGAAAAUGUCUCAAUUUUACUCUUAAACAGAAAAAUGAUCAGUUAGAUCGAUCUGGAUCAGUUAAACCUGGACUCAUGAGACCUGGAUCCGUUAAACCUGGACUCAUGGAACCUGGAUCAGUUAAACCUGGACUCAUGAGACCUGGAUCAGUUAAACCUGGACUCAUGAGACCUGGAUCAGUUAAACCUGGACUCAUGGGACCUGGAUCAGUUAAACCUGGACUCAUGAGACCUGGAUCAGUUAAACCUGGACUCAUGAGACCUGGAUCAGGUGUUCCUACUGACCCUGUUGGUGAACUCUGGUUUGUUUUCCUGCAGUUUCCCUUUAAACUGAAAUAAGAAGUGAAACGUUUCAGACGGUUCCUCUCAGGCUGAUUUUACCAGAAACACUCAAACUCUAUUAUUACUAUUAUUAUUAUUAAUAAUAAUAAUAUAUUAGUGUGUCUCCAUUCUGAAUCUUGAUCCAGGAGCACAAAUUACAUGACAAAUCUAAUGUGAACAGGAAGGAAGCGUGUUCAUGAAUCCGUCCUGAGGUGAAUGAGCUGCAGGUGAAUCAAUCCCUGGUAGAAUGUGACGUCUGGAGAAACUUUCUGAUCCACAAACUGAAAUAAAGCACAUUGAUGUUUUGUAAGAAAGAAAAUAAGUGAAAUGAUUUAAUAAAUGUUUAAACAGCU